AUUAAAAGUUGGACUUCCUGUGUCAACAGGAAGUAGGAAGAUCAGCAGCAGCAUUGACUGCAUGCCACUCAAUGCAGUCUGGAAUUUGCAGUCAAUAGCAGCCCAACAAAUUCCAGAAGUGAUGUUUAUUUAAACAGCUGGGCUUCACGGGAAGACAGAGAAAAGUGAGCAAAAGUGAACAGGUUGUUAUAAACCGUCGAUCGGACGAUACUUUUCACUGACUCCAAAAGACUCUCAGCAUGCUGAUGGUUUGAGGCAAUGGACGGAGGGACCAGAAUGAGUGUUAUGGAGCUGUGUGAGAUUGAUGACCUGGCCACGGGUUUGGUGCUGGACCCUCUGUUGGGUUUCAGGACCCAUAAAAUGAACAUCACUCCUUCACCAGAGAUACAGUGUUGUGGUAUUCUCAAAGAGACCCUGCUGAGCUUUCAGCAUACACAUGAUUUCAGCGCAACAUUCGAUGCACUGCUGAUGAUAGUGGGCAAACUGGCUGGUGACUAUUUUAAUUCUCUGGGAAGCCGUCAUCAGGAACUACUGAGGCAACAUGUGUAUUGCUACUUCAGGGCCUUCCUGUUGGACAGUGGUGUCAAGAUAGAGUCCAGUGACAGAUACUCUUCUGAGACCAAUGGAGCAAAGAUAACCUCAACAAGGCACUGGUUUCCAGGACAGCGUGCUGAGGUCCUGCUGGGCUGCAUAGCAGAGUUUAGUCCCGCUGAUAGUGCUGUGCUGCAGGCUGGAGUCAAUGACUUCAGCGUGAUGUAUUCCUUACGCAAACGCUGCGAUCAGCUCUGGCUUGGGCCUGCAAGUUUUGUUAACCAUGACUGCAAUCCAAACGGCAAGUAUGUCGCUUGCAGGUUCUUUGCUUAUGUUGAAGUCAUUAGACCCAUCUCACCUGGCGAGGAGAUCACAUGUUACUAUGGUGCCAACUUUUUUGGGGAGGGAAAUGAAAUGUGUGAGUGCUGCACCUGUGAGAGGAAUGGAAAGGGUCGCUUUAAACAAAGAGGGAAGCAGUCUCAUUGUGAAGAAACAAGGGACCCUGUGGCUCCAAAGUACCGACUGAGGGAGAGAUAUCUUUGUCAUCACAGAGAGAAGACCAGUGCCUGUAUCAAUGACAAGUUGAUUAAAGAGGUGGAAAGAUGGACAGUGCACAAGAGGACCUCUUCGAGACCAAGAAGUGCAGCUCUCACUGCGCUCACACAUCAAACAAAACCCACUAAGACAGCCGACACAGAACCUGUGUCUCACCCUGUCGAAAUGGACAAAACCUGCAACACAGAAACAAACGAGAAGACUGAGAAAGCAAUUACACAAAUUCAAAGCAACAAGUGCAACAGCACUGAAUUCUGCUCCAUGGACAUGGCUGAAAAUCCAGCUUCCAAGCCAGUGAAGGACGAGCCAAGGAGAGCUUCAUCCCUCUUAGAAGUUUGUCAGAGUGUCACAGAUAGAUCAAAGAAAGCUGGAGACAGUCCACUGAUAUCAACACAAAGUGUGGGAGCAGAGAAGACUUCUGAAGAUGGGAAAGGAAAUGAGGUUGUAAGAAGAAGGAGCAAGCAGAGUUCUAGAGAAGCUCUGACAGCACAGUCAGAAAGAAGAGUGUCCAGAGCCCCAAAGGGGCAGCAAGGAGUUACAGAGAUAUACACAGCUGAGGGUUUCAGUGUUCUGAAUGUCCUCUUUGGCAAGAUGGAACGAGAACCUAUCAUGAAGCAGGCCAAGAGAGCAGCCAUCGUGAAAGAGCUCGGUGAACUGCGGAGGUCCCAGCCCGAUAAGCCCAUGGUAUCAACGUUGGACAUGGGGAUUACCGAUGAAUAUGGUACUCUUAAGUUGUGUUAA